AUGCUGAAGAUUGGGUUUAUCUAUCUAUCUAUCUAUCUAUCUAUCUAUCUCAGACCCACUCUAUCUAUCUAUCUAUCUAUCUAUCUAUCUAUCUAUCUAUCUAACGCUCUUAAUGGGUACCUCAUUCUAUUCAACCUCUAUAAUUGGAUUACAUCUAUCCUAUCUAUCUAUCCUUUUAAAUCUGUUUAUUACCAGGCGGUUGCACGAUCGGAAACUGAGCAGUUAUAUCUAUUUCGAGAGUCAGAUAUCUCCCAAGUGUGCAUCACUGAUAGCACUAACUAUAUAUCUAUUACGGUAUCUAUCUAUCUAUCUAUCUAUCUGUCUAUCUAUCCUUUUCAAUCUUCUGUUAAUAUCUAUCUAUCUAUCUAUCUAUCUAUCUAUCUAUCUAUCUAUCUAUCUCAUUCUGUUCAUAUAUAUUUAUCCCUUUAUCUAUCUAUAUUUGUAUGUAUUUAA